AACAUUGACAAAAAUGAGAAUAAUGAGAUGUAUAUUGUUUAUUGCUAUGGUUAUAAGCGGAAGCCAUUGCUUUCUUGUGGACACCCCAAGUCAAUUGAAAUGGGAUAACCUAAAAGUGACCUGGGGACUAGACACACAUAGCCCGAACUACUUUUCACCAUUGCCAAGGACAGUGACCGACGCCAUUCAUGCAGGAUUUAAGAAGAUUGGAGAUUGUAGCGUGCUAGCACAUUGGAGGGGUCAAAGGUUUGUCAAAAAUGACGAUUAUUCUCUUAUCCUGUUGUAUGAUAUCCAUGGAUUCAUCGCAGGCAUUCAAACUGCCGUUCCCAUUGAAACUGGACGAAAUUAUCCCAACAGUUCUCUGACACCGCCGUUUGUUCGAGAUGGUCAUCGCUGGGUCAUUUCCGCAUAUUUUGUACCACCAUCAAUAAUUUGUUCCCGUGGCAGAUCCCAGGCAGAGUUUGACGCUGAAGGUACAGGCACAAAUCUUUACAUCCAGAACGGAACGGUGCCAGAAAAUAGUUUCAUUGUGCCGCACAAGGAAGUAGGACUGUCCCACUCGAAAUGGGUUGAAGGUCAUUGUUUCUUUGCCAUGGGUAAACACUUCUGGUAUGAUUUAAGAGCAGACUCUGACUGUAACGCCCUGUUUCCGGUUUUCCUAUUGUAUAACAACAAAGGGGAGCUCACUGCCUUUGGCUGGGCUAUGGUAACCAAUCUUGUCUCUACACGAUACGAACACCCAUCGCCUAUUUCGUUUGGUUUGUUCAUAAAAGAUGUGCCUAGAUGUUUAAACGUCGCAGGGGUACUGACCACUAUGCAUAUUUACUUGACCAGUAACGUGACACUGGACACAUGUUAGGUCAGUAUACUAUAGGUUUACUCUGCCUUUAAUAGUGGUUAUAAAU